GCCACUCGGCCGAUCAGUUCCCUUCGUGAGUUCAAACGGUGCGGUCGUGAAAACUAGUCGGGAGAAACCGAACAUACAGUGCGGGAAAACUGAUUUUUCCACCUCGUCGCUCGCGAAUUCAGUGGGUGGCACAGUUUUUUCUCGCUCUCGCUGGACAUACAUACAUACACACAAGUGGCGUGUGUGAGAAGAGUAUUGCCGCCAAUACCGAGCUGUGGAAUUCGGUUCAGUGGAAGCUGGAGCAAGUGCUAAGCGAAGAGAAAAAAUCAAUGCCACUCGGUGUCCGCGGAAAUUUGAUUUGGGCAAACACGUGGGAAACACUCAUCGCUGAGCUGAGCUGCAAUGGAAAAGGCCAAAUAUGAGAAUUAUUCUAAUAAUGGAUAGAAACUUCGUCACCAGUUCGUGCUGUAAUUACAUAACAAUAGUUGGAAUUUGAAAACACAUAUUCUAAACUAGUUUUCGUUCGUUAACCGGUGAAUGCAUUAAGGCUACAGCCGUGAGUGCUUACCCAUGUAAGAAAAAGGACAUCCAAAUGUCACCAUGAACAGCUUAAGCAUGAAGCAGAUUUUACUUUUGCGACAGAUGGUUAUACCCUCGUUAUAAACUCACCAGUAAGCUUCCAAGGUUAUUGAAAUGAAAGUUAAAAUGUGCCAUUGAAGUGUCUGAAAAAAAAGCGUUUAUACGAAUAAAACAACCGUUUCAACAGUGGCUGGAAUUUUUCUCAACAUAAAGUGACAGUGUAAACCGUGACAUUGGAGCACAGAAGCAGUCCCGCACAAGCCACGUGGUACGCAACGGAUCCGCCACCUUUACCGCAACCACUGCAGCAACGAACACCAAAUCCCAUCCGGACGCCGACCUGUGGACGUCGUUUCCGGGGACACAGUAGUAGUAGUGGCGAUGACCACUAAGGUGGACGGUCCCGGUGGUUGCAUCCGGAACAACGGACACGAAAUGGCUCCGCUGAAUACGCGGGCCCGCGGGGACGGAACCCACGGCGUUACCAUCAUGCUGUCCCCGCCGGAUCGAAACUCGAUCGGAUCGCGGGAAGGAGCUGGUCUUCCGGACGGUGAUCCCGAUCGGGCAGCCUGGUCUGGUAAAAUGCAAUUUUUCCUCAGUAUUAUCGGUUAUUCUGUCGGAUUGGGAAACAUCUGGCGGUUUCCGUAUCUAUGUCAGCAGAAUGGAGGAGGUGCCUUCCUCAUUCCGUUCAUGAUUAUGCUUAUCCUGGAAGGAAUUCCCCUCUUCCUAAUAGAGUUAGGUAUGGGCCAGCGGAUGCGGCUGGGCGCCCUAGGCGUGUGGAACACGAUUCAUCCCUGGCUGGGUGGAAUCGGCAUUUCCUCCUGCAUCGUGACGCUGUUUGUAGCGAUCUACUACAAUGUUAUUAUUACCUGGUGCUUCUUCUACUUCUUCAACAGCUUUCGGGUCACUUUACCGUGGUCUACCUGCCCCCAACUAAACGGGACGGAUCUACCAGAGUGCGAACGGUCUUCCGAGACCGCCUACUUCUGGUAUCGGACAACACUGGAUGCAUCUCCUAGCAUCGAAGAACCGGAAGGCUUCAAGUGGUGGAUCGUGCUCUGUUUGCUACUGUCUUGGACAAUUGUGUUUUUCAUCGUGAUGAAGGGUAUCCAAAGUUCGGGCAAGGUGGUUUAUUUCACCUCCCUCUUCCCGUACAUCGUGCUGACGAUCUUCUUCAUCCGAGGAAUCACGUUAAAAGGCGCCGGCGCCGGACUGAUGCACAUGUACACUCCCAAGGUGGAGAAACUGCUGGAACCGACGGUCUGGCUGGACGCGGCCACGCAAGUAUUUUACUCGUUCGGAUUGGCCUUCGGAUCGCUAAUCGCUUUCGGGAGCUACAAUACGCCAAAGAAUAAUUGCGUUCGGGAUGUAAUCCUGGUUUCGGUGUGUAACGCCGUGACGGCUAUCUACGCCAGUGUUGUGAUAUUCGCCAUUCUCGGCUACAAGGCGACGGUUGGCGUCGAUAGGUGUAUCUCAGUAAAUAAGGGAAUUUUAGUCAAACACGGAGUGCUUUCUUCGAUUCACGUGGACAAUGUGGAAUACGAACACGCGAUGCAUAUGCUGGAUCCGGUGGCGACGGCAAAUUGGACACUAGAACAUUGCAGCUUAGAAGAGCAGUUGGAUAGUGCCGCCGAAGGCACCGGACUUGCCUUCAUCGUAUUCACCCAGGCCAUCGUUCAACUGCCGGGGGCUCCUUUCUGGGCCGUGCUCUUCUUCACCAUGCUGCUUUCACUCGGUCUUGGAUCUCAGAUCGGUAUCCUGGAAGGAAUGCUGUGCACGAUCUUCGAUAUCGAUAUAUUUAAGCGGAUCAGAAAGCCGUACGUUACCGGUGUUGUAUGCGUAAUUUGCUUCACUGUAGGAUUGAUUUUCACCACAGGAGCAGGAGAGUACUGGCUGAAGAUGUUCGAUUCGUUUGCCGGAACAAUUGGAUUGGUCGUGGUGGCUCUGAUGGAAACCAUUGCGGUUAUCUACAUCUACGGACAUAAAAAGUUCACCGAAGAUAUCUACCAAAUGACUGGAAUCCGGCCUGGGCCGUACUGGCAGAUGACUUGGAGGUAUAUCGGUCCGGUUAUCAUGUUCGGAAUUCUCAUUUCGUCCGUACUGAGUAUGAUACUACGGAAUCCAACAUAUGCAGCGUGGAAUGGCGAACUGGGCAUUACGGAGAACAAAUCCUACCCGGAUUGGGUGAUGGCAAUUGCACUGGCCAUGAUCGUCGCCUCCGUACUUCCAAUGCCGCUGGUAUUCCUGCUGCGACGGUUCCAGAUCCUUAAGGUGGACCUCGACAUCCACCAGGGCUCGAUCCGGCGUAAUGAGACGACCGCCUCCACGAAGGAAAUGAUUGACGAGGAUGAUGUGGUCAGUCCUGACCUGCCCCCGCCACAAUCGCUGGCAGCAACGCGUUUCACGAUCGGAGACUUUGAUGAUGAUGACGACGAUGAUUUCAGCGGACCAGCGCUUGGCGGGCCGGUGAAUAUACGCAGCGACAGCGACGACGAAGAUGAACCGCCGACAAUCGGCAAAAUGCUCUCGAAACACACUACCAGUAGCACCGGGAGUGCCGCCACUGGCGCCGUCGCUGGCCAUCAAACGUUUCAGUUCAAAAACCAACACCAUCUGACGGCGAACCCGCUGGCGGCCAGUCCGGUGCGGAAAAAACCGUUCAGCAUGGAGGUUAUGGAUUUCUAGGGAUUGGUAUAGGCAAAUAUGUUCCACCGCAAGGAAGCAAAACUUGCAGUACUUAGCAAGCCAAGCUCAGCUAUAUUAGGUAUUAGGAUUACUGACUAAAAACUUCGAACAUUUUAUGUGCAUGUACAAAGUUUCAACGAUCGUUGAGAGAGAUUAUUAGGGUUUCAUUCAUUUUUUUCUUUUAUUUGGAAGCAUUUGUUUGUAUAUAUCGUGUAAUAUUGGAAAUUUGCUGUGUACAAAGCAAACCAAGCAGCAUAACCUAAAAUCAUUAUUACCCGAUACGAAUAUGUUUAAAUAUGUUUUUCGCCAACCGAACAGGACAACUAAAAUAACAACUGAGAGUUACCGCAACAGCCCACAGUUAUGCUGAAUUUCAUCGUUAUCAACCUCAAAAACUUAGCAUCUUGGUAAGGUAAACUUUAUGAUUUUAACUAACGAAAACAAUAAGCAACAACAUGAUAUUAGUCAAUGCAUACAAGAACAAUCGGGUAUGUAUACAGGUAUCAAACUAGUUUAUUUUUAACAACAUUACAAUUAGUUACUGUACAAUAAAUAACCCAUCUCGGUUCAAAAAUAUUCACUCUAUCAGAGUAUUUUAUUAAGUGAUAUAAUUUAUAACUAAAAUCUAGUAGCAAACAGUUGAAGAAGGACGAACAACUGUGCAGCCAAUUUGAUGUUUAGGAUUAGUAGAAAGAAAAUCAAACUAAAGAGGAUGAGCGUGUAUUUCAAGCUAGACUAAUCAGCGAACAACUUAUGGCAAACGUGAAUAAGAUUACACAGAAAGCCGACAAAAUAAAUAAACAUACGGAAUAUCAUUACCAGCCGUAGUUCACUCAUUACAGCCGUGCAACAGCCACAAGUUCAAAAUUCAGUUCCGGUAUAAAAUAUUACAAAUUUUUUGAAUGUUUCUCGUUUUUAGAACAAAAAUAUACUUGUCAAACCACUAACGAACAAAUUUGCACAUGCACAACCAAAAAAAAAAAGAACGGAUGAAACAUGCAGCUGUACAUACAGGUUCCUUCCUAUGUUACGAGACUUACAAGAGUUAGGUUCAUACCAAAUAAAAAAUACUGACACAAGGAAAAAGAUGGAAAACAAUAAAAAUUGUGAUCAAUACUAUACUUAAACAAAGAGAAAAACAAGAAUAGCAAGUAAGUAAUCGUUUUAAGAGUUACGGAAAUUCCCAAACCAAAACCAAAAAAAAAAUAUUAUCAUCUGCUGACGUGAGCGAAUAGAAGUUAUGUAUCACUCCUAAAUAAGAGUACACCUACCUUAAACGAAACCUCGGUAAAAGGAGGAAAACUCGUAUGCUACUAGCCAAAUUGCGAAGCGAUUCACCUAUAUAGAAGUGAGUGGAGAAGUAUUAUAACAUCUACUCAAACACACUCAUCAACAAUGUUCUUGAACCGUUUCUUGAAGUAGGCUUUCCUAAAUAACACGAACAUCGUUCACGGAGCGUAAGUGUUGGAGGACAAAAAAUGUUUGCUCAUCUAAUCUUAGUGAUUUUUUUCUUUUCAAUUUCAACAUAGGUUUGUUUCCCAAAAUCCAUGCGUUGUUUACGUGUAUUUGAUAAAUUGAUGUGAUGGUUAAUAUUCAGAGAAAAUGUGCUUUUAUUUUAUUUUAUCUUACUUUGUUCGUUGUUAUGUUCGGAUUGUAAAAAUGAUAAAUAAUCAAUGACUGUUGUACAAAAACAGCCAUACAGAUGACGUGUAAAAAAUGUGUAGUUUUUUCUUCUUCAUUAGUCCCAAUAUUUACCAAUUUCAACCAACAUGUCAGUGUUUCAAUAGUUGCAAGCGAUUCGUUCAGGUUUAAAUACUUUUUCUCGGCGGUUUUGAUGGAAAUAUUGUGCUGGACAUAGGCAUAGGUUUCAGAUAAACAGGGUAAAAUCAUCGAUCGAGAAGCUACAUCCAAGGAGAUAGGAAACAAUGGAGGAUUUUUUUGUAAUUAUUUCAAUAAGCUUGAAAUUUUUACGAGCACGUUUGUUUGUAUGGGUGAAAGUGGAACAGAAAUGCCGAAAGUUUUAUUUUCAUCAAUGAAAAGAGCCAACAACCUUAGUGCCACUAUAAAAUGUAUGAAAACUUGUCACAGAUGCUAACAAAAAAAAAAUAGAACGUAAGCAGUUUUCCUCAACAAUUCGUUUCAUCAUUAGUUCAAUUAAGUGUGAAACAUUCGAUUGACGGCUAGGAAUACCAGUGAACAGAUCAUUAUGGAGGACAGAAUCAUUACAUAAAAAAAACAAUUCACCCUUCACUACACAGAGAAAACAGGAUGAAAAUUACUUCAAAAAUCAAACAUUCAGUACACAGUAUAAGACUAACAAAUCAGCAGAAGUAAAAAAAAAUAGUUAGCAGAAACCAAUUCCUUGCGUCAAUUGCUUCGAUAAACAUACACGCUAUAAAAAAACUGUUGCAAAGUUUACAAGCUUGGUAUUUACCAUUAGAGAAAAAAUUCCAUCCCGAAAGUGCAUGUGAUUUCAGUCUUACUAGUUCUGUUGGAUUCAAUCUAUAAGGCAUUAAAAUCGCUUUAGAUUAAAACAAAGUAAAAAUGUUGUCAGCAACCUAAAAUUGCAAACAAAAAAAAACGAAAAUCCUUAUCGUAUAACAGAGCAACUGUGGCUUAGAAGUAUUUUCAGAAAGAAAAAAUAUUACAGUUUUGCCCACCGGGUGAAAAUUAAAAAUGUUAUUAUAUAAUAGCACCUUAGAGGAUUGAAACUGAGUUUCCCAAAGUUAAGAAUCUGAUUUUCCUAGAGAAAAACAUGGAAAGUGUACACUUUCCGAAGAAUGUGUAAAAAGUUUCAAAGAUAACAAAAAAUAAUGUGAGCUAUUGUACAUUUUACCGCCAUGAAAUUAGCACCUAGCGCACCCCUAAAGAGAUUGGACCCAAACCAAAAUCGUAUAUAAGGCAAAUCCAUCUAAUGUACGAUUGUUGAUUUUUUUUUUUUGCAAAAUAAUUUUAAACCGAUUUAUGUUCGACACUGAAAGAGAAUAUCUAUUUCAAUCUUCUUUUGAAUUGACCCACUAUUGACAGAUCAGUUUCUAACUACUCACCUCUCAUUUAACCGUGAUCUUAAAACCAUGUUCAAAUGAGGUCAUUAUUAUCUAUUUAAAGUAAAAAAAUACGAAUUGCAAACAUAACGAUAACAGAUAAAGCUAUGACUAUGGACAAACUGGAAGUGUGCGAACAGCUGAAAUGUAAUAUGUAAUGAGGGAUUACUUCAAAUUGACACAUAGAGGAAAUAAACAGAGAGAAAUAGUUUGUUAAGGAGACAA